UUAAAAAGAUCCAGGGGAAAAAAAUUGUGCCUAGCCGAACGCAUUUAUAUAGCGCUGCAAAAAAACCCUUAUUCUCUCUCACUCCUCACGAACUGUGACAAUUCUUCUCUCUCCGAUUCUGGUGAGGAAAUUAUGGCAUCAAAGAUGCAUCUAUUGCAAUCAAAGGCAGCCGAGGCUUCAAAGCUUGUCUCCAAGCAUGGAAGUUCCUACUACAAGCAAUUGUUGGAGCAGAAUAAGCAAUACAUCCAGGAGCCGCCAACUGUGGAGAAAUGCCAACAGUUGGCUAAUCAACUGGCUUACACUCGACUUGCCAGCAUUCCUGUUCGUUAUGAAGCAUUCAGGAAGGAACUUGACUACGUGAAGCAACUCUUCAAGAACAGGCGGGACAUAAAGACUGAGCAUGCUGGUAUUGCUGCUCUUUUCGGAAUAGAGUGCUUUGCCUGGUUUUGUGCUGGUGAGAUUGUUGGACGUGGUUUUACAGUUAUUGGUUACCCUGUCUAAGUUACUCAAGUAAACUACCUUCAGAUGUGCUGAGCUACAGAAAAUUUUUGUAUUUCUAUGAAAUUUUUUCUAUGACCCCUCAAUACAUGCUGAAUUUCCUUGUUUCCGGGAGAAAUUUGAAAUUUAAUCAGUAACGAGCAAGUUCUUUCUCUC